AUGACAAUUUUGACUAAACAAUCCAAGAUGCUUUAUAGCACUCACAUUACUCAAGAUUUCAUUAAUGAUAUUCUUAGCCGUGCCCUAGAGGCAACUUCUCGUGUAGCUAAGAAACCACUUCCUAGAGAAAACAAGAAACCCACCGACUCAUCAUCAUCUUCCAAAUUUGCCUCUGACGGGAAUGCACGUAGGAGAGGACCUUCAAGGCAUCGUACUGAUAAGGAGAACACCCCCGACACAAAUGAUCUAUUAGACGUUCUCUCCAAGGAGUCUUUCAUAAGUAGCAAUGGCAAACCUCUGAUUACAAAGUCUUCAUCAGAUUACACAAGAGGAAAGAAGAAAUUUACCAGAAGGAAACCCGUGCCAGAUAAGAAACCCUUCGAUUUAAGAUCGGAUGUCAAGAAACGAUACCAGGAGGCAAAACCGAUAGUUUCAGAGAAAUACAUUCCAGAAGAACCAUCUCUCAUGUCAUUAUUGAAAUACUCACCCAAUUUGUACCAUAACAGGGCUUCUCGAAUGAUUAAUUAUUCACGAGGCACUUUAAGCGAGUCGCAAUUCCCCAUGGUUAGACCCCCCAACCUUGGUGUCACUCAGAAUUUAAAUGAUGAAAAUGUGGAGAAUAUUGCUUACACUGUGGAAUCAUCUAAUUUUGGGAAGUACAUGCCUGCCACGUCAUUGACUUUACAUAGAGAGAAGCUUUUAAAGAAUCUGACUGUGGAGCCCAAUGUGGAGAAAUUUGAAGCAAGUGUAUUGGGGAAAUAUUCUUUAUUGAAGCCACAUAAGAAGAGUGAUUUUGAUGGUGUGAGUAAAUCUGAUGUGAAGAAGGCAGAAUUAUUGGAUAAUAGUGUUACUGUGAGAACAAACUUACAAAAGAUUGUUAUGGAUCCAUCUAUGAAGGACAUACUUUAUGAUGUUUGUUCUGGAUUGAAACCAAUAUCUGAGAUAACAUCCAUUCCUAAUUCCAACUCUAGUGCCAAGGCAGAAUAA